GUGUAGCUGGUAAACAUUUGAAAUUUUGCAUGUUUUAUUCCUUUAGUGUCUGCAUAUAAAUUAAGUGACACUACCAAGAGCGUUACCUCAUUUCAGAACAAAUUCUCAUUGGUACCAAGUUGCAGUUUUCAUUAGUUAACUUUCAUUACGAUGAACUACACAAAUGCUUCCAUUGGCUCCGGUAGUAGGACGGCUAGGAGAACGGUUGAGUUUGGUAGGACGUACGUGGUGAGGCCAAAAGGAAAGCACCAAGCAACGGUAGUUUGGUUGCAUGGUCUUGGUGAUAAUGGCUCCAGCUGGUCUCAACUCUUGGACAACCUUCCUCUCCCAAACAUUAAGUGGAUCUGUCCAACUGCACCUACUCGCCCAGUAACCGUGCUUGGUGGAUUUCCAUGCACUGCAUGGUUUGAUGAAGGAGAGCUGUCAGAUGACGGUCCAAAGGAUAUCGAAGGUUUAGAUGCUUCAGUUUCACACAUAGCGAACUUGUUAUCUACAGAACCCUCUGAUGUUAAACUUGGUAUUGGAGGAUUUAGCAUGGGUGCUGCAUGUGCACUUUACUCUGCAACGUGUUUUGCACAGGGAAGAUAUGGAAAUGGCAGCCCAUACCCAGUUAACUUAAAGGCUAUUGUUGGAUUAAGUGGCUGGCUUCCUGGUGGACGGAGUUUAAGAAAUGUGAUAGAAGCAUCACAAGAUGCUCUUAGACGUGCCGCCUCAUUGCCCAUCUUUAUGUGUCAUGGACGAUGUGAUGAAGUUGUCCCAUACACAUUUGGAGAGAGGUCUUCUCAAAUCUUGAGCUCAUCUGGAUUUCGAUAUGUUGUGUUCAAACCAUAUGACGGGCUUGGGCAUUACACUAUUCCUAAAGAAAUGGACGAGGUCUGCCAAUGGCUAAAUGCAAGGCUUGGAGGUUGAACGAUAUGCCAUGACAUCAAUAUUUUCUUGCAGCUAGUACCAUGAGGUAAAUGGUUAUUGAUGAAGAGAAGGGAAAUAUACACAGAUUGAGUUUGGAUAAUUUAGUAUGGUUUGACGACGGAGAAUAUGUAUUACUGUAUUUUGAGUUUUCUUGUGCAAAAAUAAGGAUUUGUAAAGAGUUUGUUCUUUGGAUUUUGUGCUAUUGGCAGUUUUGUUGUUGAAAUAUUAAGAUUGGGGUUUCGUUGA